AUUGGCUGCGGACGCUAACCUUCUUAGUCCGCCAUGUUCGGCGCGGUGGCGCCGUUGCCGCUAGAGCUGUGGCGAGGGGGGCGCUGAGGGGGACCCGGCUGAGGGGAAACGAACCGGCGGCUCGUCCUGCCGCGUUCUCCCGCGCUGCCGCCGUCCUGCUCCGGGAACGCGCCGGCAGGGGGGGCGCCGGGGAGUCCGGGUCCGCCCCGAAGUUCCUCGCGGGACUUUGAGCAACUUGAGGCCGCCGGGCUGAGAACGUCCCCUCAGCUGGAUUUAACAUCAUCUGGAGGAGAAACAUUUCACGUGUGAAGCUGCUCGCUUCGGAAUUAAAUUGAGUUAUCUGUCUUGAGUGAAUUAUUUCUAUAUGUUUAUAAUUAUAAACUACUAAAUACAGACCAUGCCUAGCAGAAUGGGCUCAAAAAUUGACUUGAACAAGGACUUCAUCAGAGUAAAAACACAUUAUAGCGGAGACAUCCUGAUAACAAACUUGGAUGCAUCGAUGAGCUAUGAUGAACUUUGUGAUGAAGUGCAUGAGAUGUGUAAUUUGCAACAGGAACAGCCAAUUACUCUCAAGUGGAUUGAUGAUGAAGGUGACCCGUGUACCAUCUCAUCUCAGAUGGAACUGGAGGAAGCUUUCCGCCUGUAUUGUCAAAACAGAGACGAGGGGCUGAUUAUUCAUGUUUUCCCAAGUAUUCCGGAAAAACCCGGCAUGCCUUGUCCAGGAGAAGACAAAUCGAUCUACCGACGUGGAGCCAGAAGAUGGAGGAAGCUGUACCGAGUGAAUGGGCAUUUGUUUCAAGCCAAACGUUUUAACAGAAGAGCGUAUUGUGGCCAGUGCAGCGAAAGGAUAUGGGGGCUCGGAAGGCAAGGCUACAAGUGCAUCAACUGCAAGUUGCUGGUCCAUAAACGUUGUCAUAUCCUUGUUCCACUGACCUGCAAAAGGCAUAUGGAUUCGGUCAUGCCUUCCCAGGAACCUCGGUUAGGUGAUAAAAACGAUGAAGCUGACCUCCCUUCAGAAGAAACCGAUGGAAUUCCCUACAUUCCUUCAAACCGGAAACAUGACAUUAAAGAUGAUUCUGAGGAUAUUAAACCAGUCAUUGAUGGAAUGGAUGGAAUUAAGAUUUCUCAGGGGCUUGGACUGCAGGACUUUGAUUUGAUCAGAGUUAUUGGACGUGGAAGUUAUGCCAAAGUUCUUUUAGUUCGGUUAAAAAAGAAUGAUCAAAUUUAUGCUAUGAAAGUAGUGAAGAAAGAAUUGGUCCAUGAUGAUGAGGAUAUUGAUUGGGUACAGACAGAGAAACAUGUGUUUGAACAGGCAUCCAGUAACCCAUUCCUAGUUGGUUUACAUUCAUGCUUUCAAACAACGAGUCGAUUGUUUCUCGUCAUUGAGUAUGUAAAUGGGGGAGAUCUUAUGUUUCAUAUGCAACGGCAAAGAAAGCUUCCUGAAGAACACGCAAGGUUUUAUGCUGCUGAAAUUUGUAUUGCUCUAAACUUCCUACAUGAAAGAGGCAUAAUCUACAGAGACCUAAAACUGGACAAUGUUCUUUUAGAUGCAGAGGGUCAUAUCAAAUUAACAGAUUAUGGCAUGUGCAAGGAGGGUUUGGGCCCUGGCGACACUACAAGCACUUUCUGUGGGACACCAAAUUACAUUGCACCAGAGAUCCUCCGAGGAGAAGAAUAUGGGUUCAGCGUGGACUGGUGGGCUCUCGGUGUGCUGAUGUUUGAGAUGAUGGCAGGAAGGUCUCCGUUUGACAUUAUUACCGACAAUCCCGACAUGAACACUGAAGAUUACCUCUUCCAAGUUAUUCUUGAGAAGCCAAUCCGGAUUCCGAGGUUUCUUUCUGUCAAGGCUUCCCAUGUGUUAAAAGGAUUUUUAAACAAGGACCCCAAGGAGCGGCUGGGCUGUCAGCCCCAAACGGGAUUUGCUGAUAUCAAGUCUCACACGUUUUUCCGCAGCAUAGACUGGGAUCUGCUGGAAAAGAAGCAAACCACCCCUCCAUUUCAGCCUCAGAUCACAGACGAUUAUGGUUUGGACAACUUUGAUACGCAGUUCACCAGCGAACCAGUGCAGCUAACCCCAGACGAUGAAGAUAUAAUAAAGCGAAUAGAUCAGUCAGAAUUUGAAGGCUUUGAAUAUAUUAAUCCAUUGUUGCUGUCAACAGAAGAAACAGUAUGAAGGAAUGACAUCUUUGGUGCGGACAAUGUGAUUGCCCUUUAAAUUUAUCCUUACCUACAGUAUAUGCAUGCAAGGCGGGGGAACUGCAAGAUUUUGGAUGGAGACCAAUGAUUUAAAAAAUAAAUUGCUGCUGAAAAUCAAAGAAGAGAAAUGAGGAUUUUGGUGGGUGUCUUCUGCACUUAGUGAUCCGGAAGCUCUGGGCACUGACACUACUGGCUUCAUUUAUGAAGGAAUCUGCAUUUUGUGCCUGUUUCAUGAAGGAUUGAAAUGUUCAUUGCAUCCCUGGACAAGGAGAUUCUGAACAACCUGGAGAUCUACGAACUUUCUACAAACAUUUGAUGCAAUGAGCUACCAAUUGAAGAAUAUUUCAGUGUAACAUCCUGAAGAAUAAAACAUAUUACGGUGGUGUUGAAGCUUA